AUGGUCGCUGCGCCUCAGAAUAGUGUGGCGAAGCAGACCUCCGGCUUGUCAACCUGUCAGUUCUCGCAAUCACCUAGCCUACACGAUUACCCCAUUCUCGCCACCGACAAUCCGCCGCAGGUAGACUGGGUAGACUGGGUUAGUGAAGCACGAUAUAUCAGCACCGCCAUCGUUCUCGCAGGUCUUAUAGUCUCAUGCGGCACCUAUCUCGACCGCCGAUUCGAAAUACAACACUACUCUGAAACGCCUGUUGACUUCAUUGAAAAGGUCUUCGGCAAAGUCACCGCCAAAAUCAUGACGCCAGUAGCUCAAAGUGGAGGUUCAGACGGUCCCCGACAGGGACUCGGCCUACCCUAUAAUUCCGACCGCGACUUUACCGAGCGAGUCUGUUUCAGCACUCAAGACAUCACCAUCUGCGGCUGGCCAUCCAAAGGUGGCGUGAUAAUCAUCGACAACGCCACUGCACCAGACUUUGACUAUCUCGGUCUCGAUCGCCUGCAUCCUAUCAUAGAACGCCAUCAAGACCCAGACGACGAAGACGCUUUCUGUGAAAAGAUGCUUCUCCUUGGCGCGAAGUGGUGGAGCUCGAGCGCGCGAUUCUCGCUGCUGAAAGGCGCGGAGCUGGACGAUGAGGAUUGCAUCCUCAGGCUUGAUACGCCCCUUGAAGAAGGUGGGGAGCCGGAACCGGAGCUUAAAGAGAGAUUGUGGGUGAGAGUGGCUUGGCCGAGCAACGGUGGACUUGUGGUGUCGGUUUUCGAUACGACCCUUUACGGCUACGACCCGCAUAGUGAUAAUUUCGUCCCAGACGAUGAGAACAGACUGCGGCUGUGUAGGGACAUGAACGAAAAAGCGAUUGUUCUCAUGGAGAGUUUUGAGGGUAAAGCUUUCGCAAGCGUGGAAGAGUGUCAGGGGGACGCUUUCAUCAACCUUCAUAACUGGAGGGAGGCUGGUAAAGUGGGUACAGUCCAGGAAUGAAUGGAAGAGCAGUGAAGACGAAAUAUUAUAGCG